AGUCUGGUCCGUCCCUUAAAUUUAGCUGUGAACACCCGAGCGCUUUAUGUCCCUGAGUAGCGAGCAGAGCGCUCCAGGCAGCCCUGGAAACGUUUUUUCCGUACAGCAACAUGGGGGCUCCAGUUGACUGUUAGAAAAGGAGAUUUUUUUUUUUUCCUGUGCCCUGAAAGGAGUGUCUUUCAGGACCACUGUUUAGAUGGGUGCUGUUUCAUGAAGCAAGUCUGGGAAGGCGGCGUGCACUUUUCCGACAAGGGAGGCGGCGAGGAAGAGUAUGUCUGUGGUGCGUGAGCUAUCACCAGGAUGGUUACUGGAUCAUCUUUCUUUCAUUAACAAGAUAAGUUAUGAACUUCACCAUCAUCAUGAGCCUUGUUGCAGUAAAAAAGAGCCUACUUCUGUUCAUCUUGAUACUCUUCACAUGGAUUCUGUGUCCUCUUUUGGAGCCUCUGCUACCUGUAUUGCUUCUACCACUAAGCCAGAAAAUGAUGAUGGAGGAAAUUGUGAAAUGUUCAUACAAAAAUAUGUUUUUCGAUCUGAACUGUUUGAUGUCACCAAACCUUAUAUAACUUCUGCUAUUCACAAAGAAUGCCAACAAAGUAAUGAAAAGGAAGAUCUAGUAAAUGAUGUUAAGAAAGAAAUCUCCAUUUCUGUUAAUGGAAAGAAGCGUAAGAGAUGUGUUGAUUUCAAUCAAGGUGAAUUGGAUGCUAUGGAAUACCAUACAAAGAUCAGGGGGCUGAUUUUGGAUGGAUCUUCACAGUUAAUCCAAGAAGGUCUCAAAAGUGGCUUUCUUCAUCCACUUUAUGAAAAACGGGACAAGUAUAGUGAGCCUAUUAUCUUACCACUGGAUACCUGCAAUUUGUCAGAAUUAUGUGAAAUGGCAAAGCAUUUGCCUUCUCUGAAUGAAAUGGAACUUCAGACAUUACAAUUGAUGGAAGAUGAUAUAUCUGUUACAGAGCAGUAUUUAUUUUCACGGAUUGUUGAUAACAACUCUAGCUUUACAAAAAUGAUUACUUUAAUGGGACAGAAAUACCUGCUGCCACCAAGAAGCAGUUUUCUUUUGUCUGACAUUUCUUGUAUACACCCGCUUCUGAACUGUAAGAAAACAUAUGAUGUAAUUGUGAUAGAUCCACCAUGGCAGAACAAAUCAGUUAAAAGAAGUAACAGAUAUAGUUAUUUAUCACCACUGCAAAUAAAGCAGAUACCUAUCCCUAAGCUGGCUGCUCCAAACUGUCUUGUUGUUACUUGGGUGACGAAUAGACAGAAGCACCUACGUUUUGUUAAGGAAGAGCUUUACCCUUCUUGGUCUGUGGAGAUAGUUGCUGAAUGGCACUGGGUAAAAAUCACCAGUUCAGGAGAGUUUGUGUUCCCAUUAGAUUCUCCACACAAAAAGCCUUACGAAGGUCUUAUACUGGGAAGAGUUCGAGAAAAAGCUGCUUUACCAUUAAGGAAUGCAGAUGUAAAAGAGCUCCCCAUUCCAGAUCACAAGUUAAUUGUCAGUGUGCCCUGUACGCUUCACUCACAUAAGCCACCUCUUGCUGAGGUUCUAAAAGACUAUAUCAAGCCAGAGGGGGAAUGUUUGGAAUUGUUUGCUCGAAAUUUACAGCCAGGUUGGACUAGUUGGGGCAAUGAAGUCCUCAAAUUUCAACAUGUGGAUUAUUUUGUUGCCCUGGAGUCUAAAAGUUGACUAUGUUCUUAAAAUUGUGUUUUUCUUCAGUUUUUCCUCACUCCUUCUGCCUUCAUUCUAAUAGAUUUUUCCUAUUUAUUACCAACCAAUAUGCUUAGAGAUGUAAACAGGACUGGGUUUUUCAGCAAAAUGAUUAGAAGUGACUAGCUGUCAUAUAAUUUUGAGAUGAAUUUUACUUCAGUUGCAAUAGUAUUUCACAUCAUUCUGGGCUCUACAAAUAAAGAGGUAAGCAGUUAGAAUGAUGGCAAGACUUUGUUACUGAAAAAGUUUAGAAAGCAUGCACUAUGGACCUGAAGUCACAAUUCUAUGUAUGGGUGUGUUUUGUUUGGCCCAUAUGGUGUUGUAAAAAAAAUUGGAGCCAUCAUUCUAAAAAAUCAGGAAAUCUCACAUAAUAAGUCCAUAUUUCUUCCUUUCUUUAAACAUCAGAAACUCUGGCUACACUGCGGCCUGUGUUCUUUCCUGGCAUCAGUCUAUGGGACCCAGUGGUAGCAGCUCAUUUGGGAAGGGCCAUGUACUCUCCAGUUUACCACAGUAACCUUUGUCCCAUGCCACUCACUUAUUGUCUACCUGACCCUUGUACAACCUGAAUUUAGAACAUCUAGUAUACUGCUACAUUCUGGAAAAUGUAUUCAAAGACCUGCUAAGUACUGCAUCAUUGUUCUGAGUUCAUGAAACAUUUUUUGGAGGGUUUUAAAUUUCAUUCAGGGUCACUUUUCAAUGUCAGAAAGUAAACACUGCUUGGCUUAAUUGAUACUUAUAGAACAUUCCAUCCAAAAGCAACAGAAUACACAUUCUUCUCAAGCACACAUGGAACAUUCUCCAGAUAGAUCACAUGCUGGGCCACAAAGCAAACCUCGGUAAAUUUAAGAAAAUUGAAAUCAUAUCAAGCAUCUUUUCCAACCACACCACUAUGAGAUUAGAAAUCAACUACAAGGAAAAAACUGUAGAAAACACAAACAUGGGACUUCCCUGGUGGUGCAGUGGUUAAGAAUCCGCCUGCCAGUGCAGGGGACAUGGGUUCGAGCCCCAGUCCGGGAAGAUCCCACAUGCUGUGGAGCAACUAAGCCCAUGUGCCACAACUACUGAGCCUGAAUUCUAGAGCCCAUGAGCUGCAACUACUGAGCCUGUGUGCCACAACUACUGAAGCCCGAUCGCCUAGAGCCAGUGCUCCGCAACAAGAGAAGCCACCACAAUGAGAAGCCUGUGCACUGCAACGAAGAGUAGCCCCUGCUCACUGCAACAAGAGAAAGCCUGCAUGAAGCAACGAGGACCCAACACAGCCAAAAAUAAAUAAAUAAAUAUUUGAAAAUAAAAAAACCCACAAACGUGGAGGUUGAACAAUGUUACUAAACAACCAAUGGAUCACCUAAGAGGAAAUAAAAAAAAUACUUAGAGACAAAUGAAAACAAAAACACGACAAUACAAAACCUUUGGGAUACAGUAAAAGCAAUUCUAAGAGGGAAGUUUAUAGCAGUACAGUCUUACCUCAGGAAACGAAAACUCUCAACUAAACAACAUAACCUUACACCUAAAGCAACUAGAGAAAAAAGAACAAACAAAACCCAAAGUUAGUAGAAGGAAAGAAAGAAAGAUCAGAGCAGAAAUAAAUAGAGAUGAACAAAACAAUAGAAAAGAUAAGUGAAACUAAAAGCUUGUUCUUUGAAAAGAUAAACAAAAUUGAUAAACCUUUAGAUUCAUCAAGAAAAAGGAAAGGGCUCAAAUCAAUAAAAUUAGAAGUGAAAAAGGAGAAGUUCCAACUGACACCACAGAAAUACAAAGGAAUCAUGAGACUACUACAAGCAACUAUAUGCCAAUGAAAUGGGCAACCUGGAAGAAAUGGACAAAUUCUUAGAAAGGUACAAUCUUUCAAGACUAACCCACCGAAGAACAGAACAAUCACAGACCAAUAUGAACAGACCAAUCACAAGUACUGAAAUUGAAACUGUGAUUAAAAAACUUCCAACAAACAAAAGCGCAGGACCAGAUGAAUUCUAUCUAUCACAGGUGAAUUCUGUCAAACAUUUAGAAAAGAGUUAACACUUAUCCUGAAAUUAUUCCAAAAAAUUACAGAGGCAGGAAAACUCCCAAACUCAUUCUGUGAGGCCACCAUCACCCUGAUACCAAAACCAGACAAGGAUACUACAAAAAAGAAAAUUACAGGUCAAUAUCAUUGAUGAACAUAGAUACAAAAAUCCUCAAGAAAAUACUGGCAAACCUAAUCCAACAAUACGUUAAAGGGUUCAUACGCCAUGGUCAAGUGGGAUUUAUCCUAGGGAUGCAAGGAUUUUUCAAUAUCCUCAAAUCAAUUAGUGUGGUACACCACAUCAACAAAUUGCAGAUAAAAACCACGUGAUCAUCUCAGUAGAUGGAGAAAAAGCUUUGGACAAAAUUCAACACCCAUUUAUGAUAAAAACUCUCCAGAAAGUGGGCAUAGAGGGAACCUACCUCAACAUAAUACAGGCCAUAUAUGACAAACCCACAGCUAACAUCAUACUUAGUGGUGAUAACCUGGCAGCAUUUCCUCUAAGAUCAGUGAGAUCAGGCUGGCAGCAUUUCCUUUAAGAUCAGGAACAAGACAAGGAUGUUCACUCUCACCACUUUUAUUCAACAUAGUUUUGGAAGUCCUAGCCAUGGCAAUCAGAGAAGAAAAAAAAAACAAAAAACAAAACAAAUCCAAAUUGGAAAAGAAGUGAAACUGUCACUGUUUGCAGAAAAUCCUAAAGAUGCUACCAGAAAACUACUAGAGUUCCUCCAUGAAUUUGGUAAGGUUGCAGGAUACAAAAUUAAUACACAGAAAUCUCUUGCAUCUCUAUACACUAACAAUGAAAGAUUGGAAAGAGAAAUUAAGGAAACAAUCCCAUUUGCCAUUUCAUCAAAAUAAUAAAAUACCUAGGAGACAAAAGGCCUGUACUCUGAAAACUAUAAGAUGCUGAUGAAAGAAAUGGAAUAUAUGAUACAAACAGAUUUGUAUAUAUACAAAUGUAUAUAUACAAUGUUUGUAUAUGAUACAAACAGAUACAAACAGAUGGAAAGAUAUACUGUGUUCUUGGAUUGGAAAAAUCAGUAUUGUCAAAAUGGCUAUACUACCCGAGGCAACUACAGGUUCAAUGCAAUCCCUAUCAAAUUACCAAUGGAAUUUUUCAUGGAACUAGAACAAAAAUUUUAAAAUUUGUAUGGAAACACAAAAGACCCCUAAUAGCCGAAGUAAUUCCGAGAAAGAAAAAUGGAGCUGGAGAAACCAGGCUCCCUGACUUCAAACUAUACUACAAAGCUGGAGUAAUCAAAACAGUAUGGUGCUGGCACAAAAACAGAAAUAUAGAUUAAUGGAACAAGAUAGAAUGCCUAGAAAUAAACCCAUGCACCUAUGGUCAAUUGAUCUACGACAAAGGAGGCAAGAAUAUACAAUGGAGAAAAGACAGUCUCUUCAAUAACUGGUGCUGGGAAAACAGCUACAUGGAAAAGAAUGAAAUAAGAACAUUCUCUAACACUAUACACAAAAAUAAACUCAAAAUGGAUUAAAGGCCUAAAUGUAAGACCAGAUACUAUAAAACUCUUAGAGGAAAACAUAGGCAGAACACUCUGACAUAAAUUAUAGAAAUAUCUUUUUGUAUCCACCUCCUAGAGUAAUGAAAAUAAAAACAAAAAUACACAAAUGGGGCCUAACUAAACUUAAAAGCUUUUUCACAGCAAAGGAAACCAUAAAAUGAAAAGACAACCCACAGAAAGGGAGAACAUAUUUGCAAACGAAGUGACCGACAAGGGAUUAAUCUCCAGAAUAUACAAACAGCUCAUGCAGCUCAAUAUCAAAAAAACAAAAACAACCCAAUCAAAAAAUUGGCAGAAGAUCUAAAUAGACAUUUCUCCAAAGAAGACAUACAGAUGGCCAAAAAACACAUGAAAAGAUGCCCAACUUUGCUAAUUAUUAGAGAAACGCAAAUAAAAGCUACAAUGAGGUAUCACCUCACACCGGUCAGAAUGGCCAUCAUCAAAAAGUCUACAAACAAUAAAUGCUGGAGAGGGUGUGGAGAAAAGGGAACCCUCCUAUGCUGUUGGUGGGAAUGUAAAUUGGUACAACCACUACGGAGGACAGCGUGGAAGUUUCCUUAAAAAACUAAAAAAAUUAAUAGAACUACCAUGUGAUCCAGCAAUCCCACUCCUGGGCAUAUAUCUGGAGAAAACCGUAAUUCAAAAAGAUAACAUGCACCCCAGUGUUCAUUGCAGCAAUGUUAACAAUAGCCAAGACAUGGAAGCAGCCUAAGUGUCCAUCGACAGAGGAAUGGAUAAAGAUGUGGUACAUAUAUACAGUGGAAUGUUCCUCAGCCAUUAAAAAGAAUGAGAUAAUGCCAUUUGCAGCAACAUGGAUGGACCUAGAGAUUAUCACACUAACUGAAGUAAAUUGGACAGAGAAAGACAAAUAUCAUAUGAUAUCACUUACAUGUGGACUCUAAAAAGAUGAUACAAAUGAACUUAUUUACAAAACAGAAAGACUCAUUGUUUUCAAAAACAAAUUUAUGGUUACCAAAGGAGAAAGGUGGGGGGAGGGAUAAAUUAGGAAUUUGGGAUUAAGAGAUACACACUACUAUAUAUAAAAUAGAUAAUCAACAAGGACCUACUGUCUAGCACAGGGGACUAUACUCAGUGUUCUGUAAUAAUCUAUAUUGGGAAAGAAUCUGAAAAAGAGUGGAUAUAUGUACAUAUAUAACUGAACAACUUUGCUAUACACCUGAAAGUAAUACAGCAUUGCAAAUCAACUAUACCCCAAUAUAAAAUAAAAAUUAAAUUAGAAAAUAAAAAUAAAGAAAAAAAGAAAGUAACUACUGCUUAUGAUUGUGAAAAAUUUUUUAAUAUUAUUUCCAGAUUUUCUACAAAUAAUUUGUUUACUAAAUGAAAUAUUUUUACUGAAAUGGUUCUUUGAAAAACAUGCUGAUUUAUUAUAUAUAAGCUUUAAAAUUUUUUUGAGGUAUACUAUUCACAUAAUAAAAUUCUCCAAUUAGUGUCGAAUUCAAUGAGUUUUGAAAGCAUACAUAUAUAUCUACCACCAUAAUCAUGACAUAGAACAUUUCCUUCAUCCCCCAAAAUUGAUGUGUCCCUUUACAGUCAAUCCCAUCCUCCCACCCUUGGCCCUUGGCAAAUGAUUUGUUUUGUAUCAUUAGUUUUGCUUUCUUAGAAUUUCAUAUAAAUGGAAUCAUAGAAUAUGUAAUCUAUUGUGUUUGGCCUUUCACUUAGCAUUUUGAGAAAAGAGUUUAUUUACAGAUUUUCUACAAAUAUUUAUCUACUAAGUAAAAUGUUAGAUUGAAGUGAUUAUCUGUCAAGUUUGCCAAUUUGUUUACUGAUUUUGCCAAAUAAAAUUGUUAUUUUUGAA